UGGAGAGCGCAAAAAAUAAAACAGGCCAUCAUCCAUCCAGACACGAAUGAGACGAUUUUCAUGCCUUUCAGAAUGUCAGGUUACAUUCCUUUUGGAACCCCUAUUGUUGUUGGUCUUCUCCUGCCAAACCAGACACUGGCGUCCACCGUCUUCUGGCAGUGGUUGAAUCAGAGCCACAACGCCUGUGUCAACUAUGCAAACCGAAACGCAACGAAGCCUUCUCCUACCUCGAAGUUCAUCCAGGGCUACGUGGGAGCUGUCAUAAGUGCCGUCUCGAUAGCAGUGGGCCUUAAUGUUCUGAUCCGAAAGCAAACCAGUUUACCCAGCCACCCGGCUUCUGAUCCGAGAUUUGUGCCAUUUCCUGCAGUAGCCAGUGCCAAUAUUUGCAACGUGGUCCUGAUGAGACACAUGGAGCUGGAGGAAGGGAUCGACGUCUUGGACGGAGACGGAAACAUCGUCGGAUCUUCCAAGAUCGCUGCCAAACACGCGCUCUUAGAGACGGCCCUGACCCGAGUAAUCCUGCCGAUGCCUAUACUGGUUCUACCUCCCAUCAUCAUGUCUCUGCUAGAAAAGACGUCUCUCCUGCGAUCCCGGCCUCGGAUGAUCCUGCCUGUCCAGAGCCUCGUGUGCCUUGCUGCCUUUGGUCUGGCCCUCCCUUUGGCCAUCAGCCUCUUCCCGCAAAUGUCUGAGAUCGAGACGCUGCGCCUGGAGCCGGAGAUCGCGCGUGCCACCGCCAGUAAGACCGUCGUCUACAACAAAGGCUUGUAAGCGGGAGGGGAGCUGCUUGGCACCGAAGGGGGAGAAGAACACACGAAGAGAGCGGCUUCCUACGGGAGAAGCGAGGAAGGUGGCGAGGCAGGAAUGAGUAACACAAUAGGAAGCAGAAGACGAAGACGCUGCCGUAGCAUCUUACCACUGCAAGAACCAAGCACAAAUUAACACUUCCCCAGAGCCAGGAUCUCACCUCAGUUGAAAAGAUUAAUAUUUAAACUUUUAAAUUAGCGACAGUAGCAGCAGCGCAGAGGAAAGAGAGGCGCGCGUGAGAGGGAGACGAGGAGCUCGGGAUGAAGACCCUGGAUCCGCAGAGCUUCGCGGAGAUGGUGGCCACUGGCUGGGGUGCCUUUCCCGGGGCCUGGCUUAACUUUGGUGUUGGAAAGCAGCAGCUUCCUCCUCCUCCACCACCACUACACAACACUUCCAACUCAUAGGAAGUCCCACCUCCACACCGUCUUUUGGCGUUGCACAGAAAUAAUCUCUCGGCACAUGCAAUUAGGAGAAGUAGGGUAGUGCGUUUUGGUAAUCGUACCACCAUCGGAAUGCCAGUCUUGCACAGGUAGACAUGCACAGAAUCAGUUCUAGACCUGUGAGACUUGGCUUUGGUUCUAAGCAAAUGCCACGGUGAAGGUCCUGUUUAUGGAGGUGCUCCACCACUCAUCCACCCUUCCUCUUCCUCUUCCUCUUCCUGCACUCUUCCCCAUCUUCCCCAGGCCUCAGGGCUGCCUUAGCAUUCCACUGAAUCUCUCUCUCCUCCUUUCUUUUCCAUGGGUGAAUUUGCAAGUUACAGGUUGCAUCUGCACUGCAGAAAUAUUCCAGUUUGACACCGCCAUGGCUCAGUGCUGUGGGAUCCUGGGAAAUGCAAUUGUGGCAUCAGAGCUCUAUGACAGAGAAGGCGAAAUGGCACACAAAAUUACAUGGCACUGAGCCGCGGAACUUAAAGUGGAGUCAAACUGCUUUAUUUCUGCAGUGCAGACGAGGCCACGGUGUUGUACUGUAAUUGUGGCUGUCACUGGAAAGCCCAAAUGGCACAAAACACCCACAACUGGGAUGCCACCGUCCCACAGCCUAUUCUGUGCCACCCUAUGGGCUUGGCAAAGAGCAGAUAAGCCUGUUGUAGGGCAACAUUUGUCCCUUUUAAGGGCUCUUAAAAUGAAUGUGAACCGGGGAGCUUCACCAAUUUUUCUUCUCAAAGGGAUCAACGAGUCAUUUUUAGCAAUUUUCUUUCCCUUGCAACAAAGCCUUUGGAAACCACAAAUCCUCGAAGCCGAUGCGCAAUUCAGGGACUUAUUGUGUUGAAAUUUGCGCAUGGUUGUUGUGCAUGGAAAACAGCAUUUUCCAUGAAGAAAAUAAGAUAUAUGUUUUGUGCAGAAAAUAAUAUUUCUACAAAGAGGUAUUUUCUGUGCAGAAAAAGCUCUUUCUGCACAGAAAAUUCUGUUGUUGUUUUUCUGCAAGUCAACCUCAUGCAAGUUUUAGUCCCAAAUUACAGCAUUUCUAGUGUUAAGAAGCAGCUUUUUUCUGCAUAGAAAUGGUUUCUCUAUAGAAAUAUUUUCUGCACAGAAAAAGGCUGUUUCCUGCGCAGAAGAUACUGCUUUCUGCACAAAGCCGCUCCAUACAAUGUUUACUCGGAAUAAGCCCCAAACUGUGAAGAAGGUUAUCAAUCCAGAAUUCCUACCUGGGUUACAGACAGUCAAAGAAUACCUUUUUAACCACUGUUUCUGAAAUAUGCUUUCCAUCCCUAGUGUGAACUCAUCCUUGCUGCCUGCGGUGGGGCUGGUGCAGAGUGACCAUUGCCCGGCUGACAUAUUCCCAUGCCAAGAGGUGAGAGGACUGCCCUGGGGGUGAGUCUUUGCUCGGACCCCCGUCUUCUCCCCCUCGUCCUGCAAUGGUCAUUACAGGACUUCCCCCCCAAGUCCACCUUUUGCUCUGUCCUGGGCACUGUCCCAUGCAACUGACCUGUCUGGUCUCUUUCACACAUCGCACAACCAUAAGAGCACUUUGAUACCACUUUAACUCCCAUGGCUGCAUCCUAUGGAACUCUUGGGCUUAUAGCAGUUUAACAAGGAUCUUUGAGAAGUCCAAGUACCCCUCUCCAAACUACAGAUCCCAGCCAUGGCAGCCAAAGUGGAACAUUCAGCGACUGUGCAUUACUGCAUGGCAGCUGGUUGGACUGGGUGGCUCUUGUGGUUUCUUCCAACUCUGUGGAGUUUAUCACACUGGGGCUAAUUUCAGCAUCAAAGAGAGAUUAAAGCACGUUUAAAGCAUCCCGCAAAUAAAACGAAAAAGGC